UCCCAAAUUCCACGGGUGUAGGCUGGUCAUGUGGAUUCUGAUGUACGAGGCAGGGGGCAGGCGCAUCUCUCAUGAUCACCAGCCAAGGGCUCUCAGAAGAUAUUCAACGGAAACACGGACCACAUCACAGAGAGGUAGAGGCAGACCUCGGUGCUGUGAACGAGCUCAGUGCUGCAAUAAAUCGACAGCGCCUCUCCGCUGGUGUUGGCCAGACGCCCGUCAUGGCGGAGGAGGACUACGUGGACCCCGGCUUCUUCAACACAUCCAACGACAGCAGCGAGGGGCACGAGCGCUUCCUGGAGUUCCGCAAGGUCUUCCUGCCCUGCAUGUACCUGGGGGUGUUCAUUUGUGGCCUGGUGGGGAACGUGCUGGUGCUCGUCAUCUACAUCUUCUACCAGAAGCUGAAGAGUCUGACGGACGUGUUCCUGAUGAACCUGCCCUUGGCCGACCUGGUGUUUGUCUGCACCCUGCCCUUCUGGGCCUACGCGAGCAUCCACGAGUGGGCCUUCGGCACCGUCAUGUGCAAAACCCUGCUGGGCAUCUACACUUUGAACUUCUACACGUCCAUGCUCGUCCUUACCUGCAUCACCAUAGACCGCUUCAUUGCGGUGGUUCGGGCCACCAAGGCCUACAACCAGCAGGGGAGGCGGAUGGUCUGGGGCAAGGCCAUCUGCGUGUUCAUCUGGUUGACCUCCCUGCUGCUUUCCCUGCCGCAGAUCAUCUACGGCAACGUCCUCUAUCUCGACAAGCUCGUCUGUGGUUAUCACAACGAGGAGAUUUCCACGGUGGUCCUUGCCACCCAGAUGACACUGGGGUUCUUCCUGCCCCUGCUCACCAUGGUGUUCUGCUACUCUGUCAUUGUCAAGACGCUGCUUCGUGCCCGAGGCUUCAAGAAGCACAAGUCUCUGAAGGUCAUCUUCCUGGUGGUGGCUGUGUUCCUGCUGACCCAGACGCCCUUCAACCUGGUGAAGCUCAUCCGCAGCACGAGCUGGGAGUACCACACCAUGACCAGCUUCCACUACGCCAUCACCGUGACGGAGGCCAUCGCCUACCUGCGGGCCUGCCUGAAUCCCGUGCUCUAUGCCUUCGUUGGCUUGAAGUUUCGGAGGAACUUCUGGAAGCUCAUGAAAGACCUUGGCUGCCCCCCUUACCUGGGCACCUCAAGUCAGUGGAAGUCUUCCGAGGAGGCCUCCAAGACCUGCUCUGCCUCUCAUCACGUGGAGGCCACCAGCAUGUUCCAGCUGUAGGCCCCGCCUGGGGCUCGGAGAGCCACUCGGAGCGUACAGCAGUGGGGCCAUGUGCUCUGGACGUGACGAGGAAGGCUUGGUUUAUGGCUUGCUCAUUGUCACGGAGAAGGCAAAUAGCAGGUGGCGUAGGACCCUGCUUCUUGGGCAUGAACACACUCCGCUCUAUUUUCGAACCCUCAGGCCUAAAGCUCAGGGUUGGGGGGGCAGCGCUCUAAAACCUAGAAGGACUUUCCUUCCACCCUCCCCAAGAAUGCUGUCAAGGGAAUGAAGAGUGACCCUUGAGACCUUAGGCUCUCCUUCGUAGGGGCUGGGACUGGACGCUGAGGAGGGGAGCAUGGCCUGCAAAGCUGCUGGGGGCAGGUGAUACUCCAGGCUCCCUAGUAUAGAAGAUUCUUCUGGCCACUGGGAAGCAGGGAGAUCGGAACAGCCGGGACGAGGGCUGGUCUGUCUGGCUCAGCCCUCAAUCGCCAGGCACCCGACAGAAAUGAGAUCAGGUUCUGCCUCACCUUGGGGUUGCGCCUUUAUAGAGAGAGACGCUUAUAUUCUUUUUGAUUAAUCUUGGGAGGAGGCACACCAGGAGGCAUGAAUGGGCCCAAAUGAAUUAGUCGACUGAGGAUCCCAGCGGUGCACAGAAUGCCAGGAAAACGUGCAGAGUUCCCGACUCUCAUGGAUCUCAGAAGCACUUCUGAAAUGGAUUUUUGGGUGGGUGUGCUCAUUUGAGAGCCAAACUGUCCGACGCCCGACAUGCUCGCAUGCAGAUAAAUCAUGUAUUGGGGUAGAUAGGAUACGAACACACGCAUGUCAAACGGCAUAUGAUUUUCACGACUACGAAAUAAAACCCUUUUUAAAGUC